AUGAAUAUUCUGUUCCGCAGCUUCUUCAUUACCGCUACCAUUGCAUUUGCCUUUACAGCAAGGCUUGGUACAUACCUUGUCGGUGCUACACCGAUGUUCGACGAUAUGAGGUACAUGCUUUGGGAGGAAGAGUUGGCCUCGCUCGUGCCUUACUCUAUCUAUGCGGAGAGCACUCCGAGUACUGUGUCCUCUAUUCCUGCUACCACCGUGUUUUCCGCGGUCCCCGAUCCUACUCCCGGGCCGCCCGCCGUCUCCUCAGGCAUAACCUCUGUUAUCUCCCCAGAGAUCCAUAGCACAGAUGUCCUCUCUUUCAAGCCCGUUCCGUCUCCUAGUGCCGGCUGUCACGUCGAUACCGCGCAGAGCAAUGAUAUUGGAAGGCUCGCAGAAUCCACGACCAUGCGAAUCCAAGGAACCGCGUUGUACCACAUAUUGAUCAUCGCAGGGUACCCGUCUCCAGCAGAGAUCGCCAAGUACCGGACGCUCCGUCUCCUUGCCCUCAGCACGGACCCGUCAUGCUUCAGUUCCACGUACUCGCGCGAAACGGCGUUCACCGAAGAGGAGUGGAGUGAGAGACUUUACUCUGGGUCGGGAAAGAAGGCGACCUUUGUAGCAGUGAGGACAGACAGCGGAGAAUGGGUGGGCAUGGUGACGAUGGUUACACCGGGCGGUAUUCCUGAGAUCAUAUAUGUUCCGACGGUGCGAGAGAAGACAUAUCUCGUUGUCGGGAUGUGGGUGUGCCCCGAGCACAGGCGGAAAGGUCUCGGGACAAGAGGUGCAGUGUUAGUGUUGGAAUUCAAGACAUGGAAUGAAGCGGGGAAGGGGCUGUAUAUAAGAAGGGCAGGGCUGGAGGAGUUGCCGGUCGAAGGAGAGACGGAAUCAGUGUGGAUGAGAAAACGGUUGACGCCGCGGACGGAUCCGAGUCCUCUGGCAGUGCUCACCGCCGUUGCCGUUCAACUUGUCCCCGGCGAGUUCAUCGUCGCCGUCCCUCAAGGUCUCCGAGCUUCCUGCAGUCAGCGGUCGCGACCUAUGGACAAUAGAGCUCAGCCGACGGUCGUGACGGGUCCGACUGAUUUCAAUCUCCCUCUCACAUCACCUUCCAUUCGUUUACAUUCACAGUAUCAGCAGAAGCGUCCCCUUUCAUCUCGUGUCUCUCCUGUCUCCAGUAGUGGAUCCUCCCAAGAUGCCACGGACCGGCAAACGCAGCUGGAGGAGUCUCUCAGGCGCACCGUCACGCUUGUCUUUUGGUAUCAGGCGAACUCUGAACCAAUCCGCCUGCACCAAGAGAUUUCCAUCUUUCCUUUUUUCCAGCUCUCCCAAUUCACGCAGCUCAUCGCAGACCUGCAGCUUCCCUCCACGGCCUACGUCGACACCUACAACCCGGACACUCGUACCUGGGAACAGCAGGCGCUCUCUGCAGUGCGUGUCGUGGACAGCAACCAGCGCCUGCUGUACCGUACUCGCCGCAGCCUCCUCGAGGGUUUGAUGGAUAACGAAUGCCCCGGCUUAGCAGACGAGGUGGCUAUGCAGCCAUCAGCACUCACAACACGUUUGCCACCGAGAGUGUCCAUAGGGAAGAGGUCUGCAGCCGAGAUAGGGCCUACUCUGACCCCGUCACCGCCGGCCAAGUGCCCUAGGUCGGAAUCCUGUCAGGGCUAUUUCACUGGCGUAUCCCAGCACUCCUCGCCAGGCAACCAGGCGUGCUCGGCUUCCUCUUCGCUCACUUCUUCGCCUACUGGAUCACCCACAACAACCCUAGGGCAGCAGUCACCAUCCGAUGUUCCUCCCGCACAGCAACAAGCACUUCUGACUCAGCACUCAGCGUACGUCCCUACCUCAGGGCGACAUUUACUUGCCUCCCGCUCUCCUUCUACAGCGCAAUCACCGACGAGUUCGGACGGCGCUGGCGCCAGCAGAUUCAGUGGAAAGCGCCACUGGCCGACCGACUUCACCGUCGCGGAGGUCCACGCGGGCUUGCGCCAGAUGGACGCGGAAGUGGCCGCACAGCCGGCGCUCACGCAGAGCGUCGCGUUUGCACGCGUGUUCAACUGCAAAUACGUCAAGUCCACCGUGUGCCGGCACAAGGCGGUGUGGCGCAGCGCGGGCAGAGACGUCCUGGAGGCGGUCGGCGAGCGCACGUUGUGGAGUGAAUUUGUGAAGCGCGUCGAGGGCCGCGCUGGACGCCGGCGGGCCGGUGGUGGUGCGGAGCACCAUGAGGGCCACGAGGCGGCGACUGUGCCGGUGACGAUAGGGAUACCAAUGCUGGUGCAUGUGCCGCCAGUGGAACCUGGUGUGAAACCACGUGUAUCAGUGGAGGAUCCUGCUGUAGGCCCCCUCGGACCACCUCUUCCUCCAAACGACAUUCCAGGAGAUACUGUCACGUUUACUCGCCGUAACACAGGCGAUUCCCCCAUAUUCGAGUCCUUCCCUAGCCGUACCGACGAUACGAGCGAAACCCCCGGUGCCCUUUCCGCUCCCCUCCCGGCGAACACGAGCGCAGCGACUCAUCCGCUGGCACCACGGUGA